AUGACGAGGAACAGCAGCGCGACGGCGUCGUUUUUGUCCUCCAACACCAACAAAACUGUUGCUGGUGCUUGUGUGCAAAGAUACGCGAGACCGUCCGCGAGAGCAGCGGCGGCGGCAUCGUACGGCAUCUCCGAUUCCAUGGAAGAGGAGCAAAAAAUAGAGAAGAACUCGUCUUCAAAGUCGUCUUAUUUUAACGAAAACGAUACCGAGGACGACGGUCCGAUCCCGAUGCCGCCGAAAGGGUCGGAUUUGAGAACGGUGUUACCGUAUCUUUUGAAGGUGGCGUUUAGUAGGAAAGGAACGAAACUUCGGUUAGCGUUUGCGGUGAUCUUUCUCGUGGCGCAGAAAGCGUUCGGGUUAGCGGUACCGGUGUAUUUUAAGUUUGCGAUUGACCAUUUGACGAGAGCGGCGCAGUUACCGGUUGGGCCGGAAGCGUUACAAGCCGCGAACAUGGCGGCGAUGAUGUUGUGUUUCAGCGGAGUAUUUAAAGCGGUGUCUGGUAUUGCGACGGAGUUGCGGGUGGUGUCUUUCACGCCCGUGGCGCAAGCGGCGGGUAGGAGAGUCGCGUUGGAGGUGUUCAAUCACGUGUUGAAUUUGGACAUGCAGUUUCACUUACAGAGAAGAACUGGGGCGUUGCAAAGAAUCAUCGAUCGAGGCACGCGGUCGGUAUCGAUGGUGUUUCGCGCGGUUAUAUUUACGUUCAUUCCAACAUUCGUGGAGUUGGCAUUGGUGAGUGCUUUGCUGUGGAAAGCGUUCAGUUGGCACGUCGUCGCGGUGGUAUUGAGUACGUUUUGUUGUUACGUCUGGUGGACCAUGCACAUGACCGGGGUGUCCGCGAGCAAGAGGAAGUUGGCGAAUACCAUGGACGGUUUGUCCACCGGGAAAGCCGUGGAUGCGCUUUUGAAUUACGAAACCGUAUCGAAUUUCGGGAACGUGAAUUUAGAGUCCAAGCAGUACGAUAGUUUAUUAAGAGGGUACCACGAAGCCGCGUUGGGGAGCGAAAGAGCGUCGUCGUUGUUGAACGCCGGUCAGGCGGUGUUUUUAUCUUUCGGCAUGACGGCGGCGUUGUCGUGCGCGGCGUUAGGAGUCGGCGCCGGUGGGAACGCGUCACAGAUUGGUGCGAAUUUAGCCAACCGGGUCGGUGAUUUGGUCAUGGCGAACGGUUUAUUGUUGCAAGUGUGGGCGCCGUUGAACUUUUUAGGAUUUUUUUAUAGAGAGUUGAGACAAAGUUUAGUCGACAUGGAGGCGAUGUUUGAGGUCUUAUCGACGACGUCAAACGUAAAGGACGGGACGUUGGAGUUACCGAAGAACAAAAAUAUCGACGCGACGACGACGACAAGAAGCAACAACGGCGCGUCCAUAUCGUUUAAAGAUGUGUCUUUUGAAUACGGAAACGGACGCAAGAUUCUUAGAAACGUAAACUUAGAAAUUUCUCCGGGCGAAUCCAUCGGCAUCGUCGGACCUUCUGGUUCCGGGAAAUCCACCUUGCUUCGCAUCGCGUUGCGCGCGUACGACGCCACGUCCGGUGACGUCUUCUUCGACGGGUACAACGUGAAAGAUCUACAAAUGAAAUCUCUUCGAUCCGCCGUUGCGGUUGUCCCUCAAGAUGCCGUUUUAUUUAACGAUACCUUAGAGCACAACGUGCGCUAUGGUCGACCAAACGCCUCAGACGAGGAAGUCGAGCGCGCCUGCCACGCGGCGAAAUUGGAAAAAACCAUCGGUGAUUUACCGGACGGUUUGAAGACGAAAGUUGGCGAGAGAGGCGUGAUGUUAUCCGGCGGUGAAAAGCAGAGAGUCGCCAUAGCUCGCGCGUUUUUGAAGUCCCCGAGAGUUUUAGUCGCGGAUGAAGCGACGUCGGCGUUGGACACGGCGACUGAAUCGCAAAUAUUGGAAAGCUUGGAAGAAAUUGCGAGAGAUAGAACGAGCGUUUUCGUCGCGCACAGGUUGAGCACGGUGAUGAAGUGCUCGAGGAUCAUCGUCAUGCGAGACGGGGAAAUCGUAGAGCAAGGAAGACACGACGAGUUGGUCGAUUUGAACGGAUUAUACGCGAAGAUGUGGUUGGCCCAGCAAGCGGAAGAGUUGAGCGUGAAAUUAGAAAAAGAAGUCGAACUCGGCGUUGUAUAG